AAACGACUUGCAGUGGACUGUCGUGAGUGGGUGGAAGAUACAGUAAAUAACCUGUCCGCAAUCUCUAUCAGAUAGACGCAUAGUUUAAUUGUGUACAUUUCUAGAUUAAAGAAAAUAUAAAAAAUGGACAACUCUGGAAAAGAGAAGGAAGCCAUCCAACUUAUGGCAGAAGCAGACAAGAGAGUGAAAUCCUCGCAUUCAUUUUUGGGAGGUUUGUUUGGGGGAAACUCUAAAGUGGAAGAAGCAUGCGAGAUGUACGCAAGGGCAGCAAAUAUGUUUAAGAUGGCCAAGAAUUGGAAUGCUGCAGGAAGUGCCUUCUGCCAGGCAGCCAAGCUCCACAUGCAGCUUCAGAGCAAGCAUGAUUCUGCCACCAGCUUUGUAGACGCGGGGAAUGCUUACAAGAAGGCAGAUCCACAGGAGGCUAUCAACUGCUUAAAUGCAGCCAUCGACAUAUACACAGAUAUGGGAAGGUUCACUAUUGCUGCUAAACACCACAUCACAAUUGCUGAAAUUUAUGAAUCUGAAUUGGUCGAUAUCGAAAAGGCAAUUGCACACUAUGAGCAGGCAGCAGAUUACUACAAAGGGGAAGAAUCUAACAGUUCGGCAAACAAGUGUCUGCUGAAGGUGGCUUCAUAUGGUGCACAGCUGGAGCAAUACCAGAAGGCUAUUGAAAUCUAUGAGCAGGUUGGGACUAAUACUAUGGAUAACCCCUUGCUGAAAUACAGUGCAAAAGAGUAUUUCUUUAAGGCUGCACUGUGUCAUUUUAUUGUCGAUGAGCUAAAUGCCAAGCUUGCUGUUGAGAAGUAUGAAGAAAUGUUUCCUGCAUUUGCUGAUUCAAGAGAAUGCAAGCUAGUGAAGAAACUGCUUGACGCUCACGAAGAGCAGAACAGUGAAGCCUUUACAGAGGCGGUCAAAGAAUUUGAUUCUGUAUCUCGCUUGGACCAGUGGCUAACUACCAUGCUGCUUCGUCUUAAAAAGACUAUCCAGGGAGAUGCAGGGGACCUCAAGUGAGAAACUGGAGGAUACUGUGGCAUGCCGCCUAAUUUUAUUACAUUUUGUUUUGUGCAAUGUCCUAUGACCAUUAUUGUGUACAUGAUAUGUUCAGUGCUAAUAGCUGCAUUUUUAUUUCCUUUAAACCAAAACACUUGAGUAUCGUUGAACCAAGCUGUGAUCCGAGUUGCUCCUGUUUACCCCUUUGUUUCCCUGAAUUACACUUAAGAAUAAGGAGUGGGAUAAAUUUGAAGGUAGUCUUCCCCUUAAGUGCUUCUAAAUACAAAUCAUCACAUGUUAUGAAAAUGUAGCUACAGAGUAUGUAGCUUUGAACAGUUUAUACAACUGGCAACCAAGAAAAAAAGCCAUUCCAGUGACAAAUGUUCCAACUAGUUUUUUUCCACUUUCUCAUAUAAUUACAUUUGUGUAGUACUAAUGCAAGUCUUGCGUGAUGUACAGUUGUAAUUAUUUGAUAAUUUGCAGUGAGGAUUAAUCUGUAUGUUAUAUAUAUUAAUAAAUAUAGGUUUAAAAUAAUAAACAUCAGUUUCUUCCUUUUGUUGAAUUAUGCUGUGUAGAUAAGGACAGUUCAUUUGUACUUUGCUCAUGUUAUGAAUAUUUAUUGUGACCUAUUUGCAGUUUUAAUGCACAAGCCUGGUUAGUUUUAUAGUUUUAUGAUACGGUAAUCAUGGCUUUUCCCGGUUUUUUUCUAAAUUGGGGGAAAAAAAUUGCCAAUUCAAUUUGGCUCAGUAAACAUUUUGUGUUUUCAAUGCAAAUAUCAAACCUUACAGAUUUUGCUUGCUCUGUGUUUUCCAUCAAAAGCAAUCCUGCUUUGGUGCUAAAAUGUGCUUCAUUCUUCUAGUUAUUCUAGGAUGGAAGUAGGGGGCACAAUUGUACAGACCAUAGCGAUUUGAGUGGCUGAUGUUCGCGUGGCACAAAAUAUUUAAUAUUACAGUUUUGUUUCAUUGUAAAACUUAAGCAAAAAAAAUAGUAUAAAAUAACUUAUGAAAGAGCAAAAUUUUUAAAAAACACAAAAAAUGAAAUCUACGGCUCCCCGUAACCAUGUAGCGCAAGCUCGCGUCCUGGCUGUGCGAAGUAGGCCAGUCUUCGCUGGGGUUAAGGAGGUAAAACCGGCAGGGACUGUUUCUCCUCAUCGCUCUACAGCAGACCCUGCUGGCCAGGAACCCAGUGUGCUCAGGGCAGACACCUGCAGGGCUGGCCUUUGUCCUCCAGAGGUUGGUAGCUCGCUGACAUCCGCUCUCGAGUUCCUGGGUGAAAAAGGAAGCUGGCUUGGUCGUGGGAUCGGAGGACACCCACUGAAUCUUUGGGUCUCCUGAACCAUGUGGGGAAUUGCUGCGGCAAGGAGAAAAGCAAUUGGGCCUUCCAAAUUGGGAGAAAAAAUCGGGGUGGGGGGAAUUAGAAUUGGACCCCUAAUUUAAAAAAAAAAAAAGCCAUCUAAACAUCACCAGACGUAAUGUAAUGUAAUGUUUUUGCUCAACUUGGAUUCAGCAGGAAAGUAAUACUAAUCGGUGUGUUUUGAUUUGUUUUAAGUAUAUAAAGCUUCACUUUUUAAAUGCUAUUGUAUUGAGAAGCACAACAACUCAGUAAUUGUUCAUAACACAAGAAUGUUACGAUGCAAUUAAGAAAAUAGUAAUUUUUUGAUUUGUAACAUUUAUUUUCUUUUUUAAAGUGUUCUACUGUAAACAAAUGUGCUGUACAAAAGAAAAAGUUGGUGAUGUCAGAAUAUGCAUGUCAAAGGAUGCCCUAAAUCUUACAGCAACACUAGUGUAGUGCUGGGAUAAACAAUUUUAAAUGUCUCUGCUCCCCAGACAAUUCAAUUUCUGUUUCAUCACCGUAUAUAAUUUGUUUUAUUAAGACUAAAAAAGACUGCCAAUAGUAAGAAUAUACAAUCUGGCAUUUAGACUUGUUCCAGUUUAUUCCUUGAUUUGUAGAUGUUCCUUUUAAUAACUGUGGUUACAGUUCCUCUGCUUAAGCUCUGUGUGGUUUGCAGUUUCUGUCAAUUCAAUUAUAAAGUGUUUUUGCACAGCUGUGAAAGAAAAUGCAUUCAAAUCCUUUUGGUGUCAUUGGUGCAGUGAAAAUAACCUCAAAAUGUAUAACAUAUUUAUUGUAUCAAUUUACUGUGAAUGUGUACCUGUUACAAAAUACAAUCUACAGCAUGUUACAUCAUUAAACGUAAUAUAAAGUGAACCGCAUUGACACUGUUUCAAACUAAAUUACACCACGUAAUUAUUUGUUCCUUGCAGUCAAACAAUUGCAGUGCAUCAUGAAGUCUCUUUUAAAUGUAAUGAAAUGAUUAGUCUUUCUCUACUAGCUCUAGCAGUGUGUCAAUGUGUGUAAAACUGUACAGUAAUAAACAUAGAUCUAAGAAUAA